AUGACAGAAAACUCUGCGUGCAGAGAAAGGGGACACGCUCCACCCCAACCUCUAGUGGGGGAGUGGAGACUCCCCUUCAGGAGGUCCCACGCCUUCUCCAGUUCCCACAAAAGGCAGAGAACAGUGGGCAACCAGUUACCCCCGGGGUCUGACCUACAUCACCCCAGACAAAGACUGGAAUCUCUAAACCACUAUCAGAAAAAACACGACCAUUUCUUCAAGAACGUGUGGCUUCCGAGCCCACCUGUGCAAGGAAAGCCCCCCGACCCCCAUGCUGCACAACGCAGAGAAGAUACCAGCCGCCUGCGGGAGGAGGGUUACACCAGAGCCUAUCAGGCUGGAGAUCAAGAUCGAGGCCAGAGAAGGUCCAGGGAGAAGCAGGUAGAGGGGAAGACGAAGCACGGCGAGGAUGGAGAUUCCCACAAAAAGAGCAAGAAAAAGGCCAAGGGGCAGCCAGUCAGCACAGAGAAGCCCAAACACAGAAAGAAGAGCAACCAGGACACCACAAAGGAGGGAAGGAGGUCCCAGAGAGAGAAGAAGCAACCGGGCAAAGAAAGCACGCAGGAGAGGGACUUGUGGGAGGACGCUAUCCUCGGCAGCUGUUACUGA